AUGUUGAUUUAUGGAAGGGAUACAGUAACCCCAAUCACUAUCGCGAAUCCACCGCUGAAGCAGAUUCUAGCAGUUAGCCAGAGUAGCCAACCCUAUCCUGAAAGAUCCUGCUUCGAACUUCCUUCUUCCAAAGGAAUCGUAUUUUCAAUUGUGAACGAAGGAAAAACCGGAGCCCUUCUGGAAGUCACAAAAAGCUCUUCUUCGUCUGCUUGCCUAGAUGUCAGUAUGCCUCAAACCCAAUAUGAAAUAUAUUUCACUAGAAAGAAUACCGACAAAGUGAAACAUGUGAGAAGCUUCUCGGAUCGAAUCCACGGGGAGAAUGGGAUACUCGACAAGGAAACGGACUACGAUGUCGCUGUUACAUGGCUGAAUAGAUAUUCUCCUGCCAGUGGCGUUUCUUCUUCAAGAUCUUUUCGAACUGGAUUCGGAUACCCAUCGGCUCCUCGUGAUCCUCAUGCUAUCCCAGUCACUCCGGAUACAGUAUACCUUUACUGGAGUUUACCGGAGACACUUAACGCUCCAAUUUCGGAAAUUAAAUAUAAGAUUUCUCAGCAAGCCGCAGGGAUUUCUGUACCCACUUCCAUUGCAGUCAUUCCGCUUUCUGAAACAGUCUCCUCGAAUAUUUCAUCAGAUACAACUGCUUGUUUAAUCAACCCAUGUCGUGUGAAAAUCGCCAAUCUCCGUCCAUCAAAUGAAUACAAAUUCUGGGUCACAGCUACUCACAUCUCUCACUUGGAUGCUGCCACUAUUCUUAAAGAUGAUGACGCAGUUUCUUCAGAAGCUGUCGCGAGAACUCUAGAUGUACCAGGAACUUUGCGCCCUGAUAAUGUCACUGGAUCAUCCCUACUUCUUCGAUGGAAUGGGUUGGAGCCGGAGCAUCGACCUACCUCGAUUGCUAUUCAAUAUCGAGAGUCAGGGGGUGCCAAUAAUGAAUGGCAGUCUCCAACGAAUGCAUCAUUUGAACCUGAUGUGGCAACUGAACUUGUUCCUGUUACCAACCUUCUUUCUGCCACAACUUACGAUUAUCGAUUCGUGGCAACAUACACAGGAACAUAUACCAUAGAUGGAAAAGUGCUAGCUUUCAAAGAAGAUUAUCUACAGCUCAUUCAGCAAGCUCGAACCAAAGCAGGAGUGCCAACAGCUCCACAGUCUGUUGAGGCAAAGAUUGAUACGGAGGGAUGGAUUGUGACGUGGAAGGAGCCCAUGAGUGAUGGUGGAUCCCCAAUUACCAGUUACGCCGUCGAGACCCGAAUCAAUAAAACUGCAGAGUGGGAGAUCGCUGAGCGUGGAUUGGAUGGAUGGAAGACGUGGUGGAGGCCAGGAAAAUCAGAGACGUCGUCUUCGAUGUCGUAUUCUUCAGAAGUCUCGGAAUUCAGAAUCCGUGCAGCCAAUAUUGAGGGAUUCGGAGCAUACGCUUAUACAGAGGAGAAGAAGGAGGAGAAGGAAGAAGAGAAGGGAGGAAUUUUACCAUAUUUUUUGGGAAUCUCCAUAAUUCUACUGCUAGCUGCUAUGAUUUUAGUUGGCUGUUUUUGGUGUAAGUUAGGUACUUCAGGUUUACAAAGAAAUUCGAAUAGUUUUUCAGUGAAAUCUCGACGUCGUCAACAAAUGAAGAAGCGUGAAGCUGAAGACGAACGAAACUGUAUCCGGCUUGAUGUAGUUGCCAAUAUGAACUUCACCAAUAGUCGACAAACUUUGUCUCCAGAAUAUGAAAGUGAAAUUCGAAACCUUCCUAUUGUUGACUAUAACGAUGUUGAAAUAGUAAGGCAUAUUAGUGACUGUUCCUAUGGAUCUGUACAUGAAGGAAUCGCAGAAGAAGUGCCGUUGAGUUGGGAGAAACAGGUCAAAGUUGCAGUCAAACAAUUGAGACCGAAAAGUGCAAAUCAUGAUUUCGACAGAAUGAUGUUCAUGAAGGAAGCGAUUCUGUUGAACAAUCUGGACCAUCCAAACAUUGUAAAAGAGCUUGGUGUAUGUGUUUCACCCGGACAAGGACUCAUUUUGCUGGAAUACAUGGAAGGAGGAAAUCUGUUGAAUUUCUUAAGAGAAUCAGCACCCAGCGAAAUGCAAGCCUCUGAACUUUCCACAAGAGAUCUUCUCGCUAUCUCUGUUGACAUUGCACGCGGAAUGAAUUAUCUAGAGAGACUUCCCCAUGUUCAUAAAAACCUCUCUGCUAGAAAAUGCUUGCUGUCUGGACGACCCGGAGUGGCAAAACUGGAAAUGGGAAUGCCCCGAGCAUUAAGUAAAGGAGAAAUCAAUCGGGUUGACUUGGAAAGCAUGCAAAGUGUCAAAUGGAUGGCUCCAGAAGUUUUCAAAGACUUGAUGUUCACAUCAAAAAGCGAUGUAUGGGCGUAUGGAGUUCUCUUGUAUGAGAUUUUCUCGUUUGGAGAGGAACCAUAUGGCAGCAUGGAUUCGAGAAGAGUGAUUACAGAUGUUAGGGAUGGUAACCUAACACUUCCAGUUCCACCAUAUUGUCCAUCGAAAAAAAUAUGUAAAGUCAUGAAAAUGUGUCUUAUUAGUGAUCCAAACAAAAGAGCGAGUUUCGCAACAAUAUUGAAAAUUUUCGAAACAUGUCGAGAUGAUCAACAAAGCCAGGAUGAUAAGCGAAUCCAUUUCAAUGAAGGAUCGGAUAACAUAAACUUCAAUGCAUCCCAAGACAGUACUUCCAGUCGAGAACCUCCGUCUCCAUCUCAUAGAAUUCGAGAAUUCACUCAAAUUAGUGGAGAUCUCGAACCUCCAUCUCCUUCUCCAUUGAAUCAGAGUUUCGGCGGUUUUGAGCAUCCAUAUGAAGGAGACCGUCCAGCGACAAUGUGGAAUGCUAGCGGAGCACGAAACUCGGCGAAAAACAGUAUUGGAAGGUCCAUGAAAAAAGAUAAGUUCAGAAAUCCAAUUCACUCGAUGGACGACCUGGUUGCGAGAAGUCAACGACCAUUGAGUAUUCAUUCAGAAGAUACAGAAUCCACAGAUUUUGGUGGAGCAACGUCAUCCAUGCAUUCACCGAGCAGUUCGAAUCGAACCAAUCAUUAUGAACUCCCAAUGAGCCGAUUGAGUGCAGCACCACCCAUUGGAAUAGUGAAUAACGCCUUCGAGAGCAGUAACAACUCCCUAAAUAUGAGUAGAAGUUGGACAGGUCUCGCCGGAGAGGUGAACCCGAAUCCGGCGGGUGCUUCUUCAAGUGGAACUCUUCCCCACCAUGCAAACUCCAUGGUUCAUCUCAGAGCUCCAACUGGUCAACCACCGACUAGGGUGAAUCGUAAUAGUUCGGGUGGUACGUGUCGAAGUGUCAGUCAGGUUUAA